AUUUAUCUGUCAGUUGCAGCGCUGUGGAGCACAGACCAGGAAGGCUCCAGCUAAGCUCGGUUGUUUUUAAUUUUUAAAAGACGGAGGAUUUGGAUUUAAUGUACAAGAUGACAUUUGAGGAACUAAGUGGGGAUUAUUCUCAAGAAAGAAUGGAUACGGUGGCGAAAGCCCUGGAAGAAGUCCUCACCGCUGCCUUGCCACAGGGCUGCAUCACAGUCGGCGUCUACGAGGCGGCCAAGUCCCUCAACGUAGACCCGGACAAUGUGGUGCUGUGCAUCCUGGCCACCGACGAGGACGACGUCAAAGACGUGGCCCUCCAGAUCCACUUCACGCUCAUUCAGGCUUUCUGCUGCGAGAACGACAUCAACAUCCUGAGAGUCAACAACACCCACCGCCUGGCGGAGAUCUUGGGGGGAGGGGGAGGGAAGCAGGGCGGCGGGGAACCUCUGGACCUGCACUGCGUGCUCGUCACCAGCCCCCACUCCUCAUCAUGGAAGGACCCGGCUUUGAGCAAACUCAGCCUGUUCUGCAGAGAGAGCCGCUGCAUGGAUCAGUGGGUUCCCAUCAUCAACCUGCCCGAGCGAUGAGCUCGGCCCCCGAAAACCCCCCCGGCCUGUCCAGAACCAAUCAUAAUGAAUCUGCACAGGAAGAGUGCUUUAAAAGAAAAAAAAAAGUCCUGCUGCACCGCCAGCUGGUGAGAGAAGAAAAAAAAAGACGGGAAUAAAAAAAAAACGCUGAGGACACGUUUAAAAAAAAAAAAAUCUCCACUUUGAGCUGGGUUUUUCGUUUGGAAUUACGUCCGUUGGCGAGCGAGAAGAGACGGCGAAUGACGGUGAUACCGUUUGCUUCUCGACUUGAUCACCGUGGCUCCGAUAAGGAUCGUGUCGUUUUCGGCGAAGUCUCAGCCACGAGUCGAAGGAGCGGGGAGGAAGCGGCGCACGGAGCCGUCGGUCAGACUAAGACCGCAGUCUGUCUGCAGAACCGAAGCACUUGUUGAAACACUGGACUUUAAUUUAUGCAUCACAGCUGUUCAUGUUGACUUCCAUGUUCAUGUUAUUUCAAAAGGGAAGGGAAGCAUCCAGUGAAGACAUUCUGUUUGUUUCUAGAUCUUUUUAACCAGCUGGUUUCUUUACAAGUGAAGUAGUACUUUUGUUCAAUUAUUAAGUUAUUCCAAUUAUAUUUAUGCAUAUUUAUGUUAUAUGAAUUUUUUUUUUUACAAUUUUUGCAAUAUCUGAGCACCAGACCAAUGUUUUAUUGUCAAUAAAAUUUUUCU